CUGUGGCGGGACCCUGUGGGCUGUGCGUUCCUGUCCUUCUGGGUUGUGGACAGUGCUUGGCACCCAGCCAGCAGCCAGCUGAAGAUCUGCUCUUGGGAAGAAGCCCUUGGCCCUGUGGGCUCCUGCCUGGGCACGGGCCUGCCAUGGCGUUCCAGAGGACCGAGGGCAUGUCCAUGAUCCAGGCCCUGGCCAUGACGGUGGCUGAGAUCCCUGUGUUCCUGUACACGACGUUUGGGCAGUCAGCAUUCUCACAGCUGCGGCUGACACCCGGCCUGCGGAAGGUCCUCUUUGCCACCGCCCUGGGGACCGUGGCCUUGGCCCUGGCUGCCCAUCAGCUGAAAAGGCGCCGGCGGAGGAAGAAGCAGGGUGGCCCUGGACUGGGAGGCGAUCAGCUGGGCACAGUGCCCCUUCCCAUCCUGAUGGCCAGGAAGGCCUCCUUGAAGAAAGGCUACUCCAGCCGGAGGGUCCAGAGCCCCAGUAGCAAGAGCAAUGACACGCUCAGUGGCAUUUCCUCCAUCGAGCCCAGCAAGCACUCAGGCUCCUCCCACAGCCUGGCCUCGAUGGUGGCGGUGAACUCAUCCAGCCCCAUGGCCGCCUGCUCGGGACCUUGGGAUGCCCGAGGGAUGGAGGAGUCUAUGGCAGCCAGUGACGGCAGCGCCGAGAGCCUCUACAUGCAAGGCAUGGAGCUCUUCGAAGAGGCGCUGCAGAAGUGGGAGCAGGCGCUGAGUGUGGGACAGAGAGGGGCGAGCACCAGCACCCCCAUGCCGGGGGACAGCCUCCAUCACCCGGAGCCGACUUCAGAGGUGCCGUCUGAGCCGGAGUCGCAGCGCAGGGAGUUUGCAGACAGGCUGGAGACGCUGCUGCACCGGGCGUACCACCUGCAGGAGGAGUUUGGCACCUCCUUCCCUCCGGACAGCAUGCUGCUGGACCUUGAGAGGACCCUCAUGAUGCCCCUGACCGAGGGCUCCCUGCGCCUGCGGGCGGACGACGAGGACAGCCUGACAUCCGAGGACUCUUUCUUCUCCGCCACCGAGCUUUUCGAAUCCCUGCAGGUUGGAGAUUUCCCCAUCCCCCUGUCCAGGCCUGCUGCUGCCUACGAGGAGGCCCUGCAGCUGGUGAAGGAGGGGAAAGUGCCCUGCCGCACCCUUAGGACAGAGUUGCUGGGCUGCUACAAUGACCAGGACUUUCUGGCCAAGCUGCACUGUGUCCGACAGGCCUUCAAGGGCCUUCUGGAAGACAACAGUAACCAGCUCUUCUUCGGGGAGGUUGGCCGGCAGAUGGUGACGGGCCUGAUGACCAAGGCUGAGAAGAGCCCCAAAGGCUUCCUGGAGAGUUACGAGGAGAUGCUGAACUAUGCUCUGCGGCCCGAGACCUGGGCGACCACGCGGCUGGAGCUGGAGGGACGAGGGGUGGUGUGCAUGGGCUUCUUCGACAUCGUGCUUGACUUCAUCCUCAUGGACGCCUUCGAGGACCUGGAGAGCCCCCCGUCCUCCGUGCUGGCCGUCCUGAGGAACCGCUGGUUAUCCGACAGCUUCAAGGAGACGGCCCUGGCCACUGCUUGCUGGUCAGUCCUGAAAGCCAAGAGGAGGCUGCUGAUGGUGCCCGACGGCUUCAUCUCCCAUUUCUACUCCGUAUCGGAGCACGUGAGCCCUGUCCUAGCCUUCGGCUUCCUCGGGCCCAAGCCCCAGCUCUCUGAAGUCUGUGCUUUCUUCAAGCACCAGAUUGUGCAGUACCUCAGGGACAUGUUCGACCUGGACAGCAUGCGCUACACCACCGUGCCGGCCCUGGCUGACGACGUCCUGCAGCUGUCGCGACGCCGCAGCGAGAUCCUGCUCGGCUACCUGGGGACGCCGGUGGCCAGCACCGUCGGCCUGAACGGGGUGCUGCCCGGAGAGCACAGCCCACCGGAGGGAUUGCAGUAGUGGGCCCCGGGCUGAUAGGCAGGCAGCUGCUGGGCGUCCUCAUGGCUGUGGGUAGAAACGCUGGCCCUCCCCACCCCCCUGGGUUGGCACUGCAGGGCAGGGACCCCCAGAGGCUGCCCUCAGGUGUCCACGCCCACAGUUUAAGUAGCUCAGGCUGUGGCUCAUUAGUGGGGAUCCAUGAGGUCCAGAGGCUGCUGGGGUAUGUGCAGGGCCCUGCUGGACCCAACUGGUGCAAGGAGCAGGGGGCAGUGAGGGAGCAUGGGCAGGGACCCAGGCUGGUGGGGGCUGAGGGAGAGAAAGGUCAAGAGAGAGAGAGAACGGGGAGGGACAGUGCUGACUUGGAGGAACUGACCCGGAGUCCCAGGACUGGGGGCGGAGACCCUGCCUGCCAGUGGGGCUAGGAAGGGAGGUGGACAGUGGAGGGCCAGGCUGACAGUGUCCAGAGUGAGCACAGGCAGACUGGACGGUCUCUGAGCCCAGGCCUCUGGCUGACCGGCCCACUGCCCACAGAGUUUACAGCUGCUGAGAGCACGGUGUGAGGGGGGCUGGGUGGGUGGCCACCCUCAACCUCCAGGAGUGGGCAGGGCGAGCAGCCACCUCUUAGUGCACACCUCCAGGCAGGGUCGGGACCCUUAGCACCACAAACGUCAGGUCAGACAUUCUCUCGCCCGGUCUCUUCCCUGACCACCAAAGACCCAGGAGGUGUGAGGGGCAGCCUGCCUCCACCCACCUCUGCCCAGAAUGCCAUGGGUGACACUAGACUGGCCCUGAGCUGGGCCCCUGCCCAACGGUCACUGUCACACCCUCUGCUGCAUCACGGUGACCCCCAGGUGAGGGCCCAGGGACCACGUGAGGGAGGCCCGGGGCUUGGGAGCAGCUCCUUCGCCCUCCACGGGACAAGGAGUGAUGACGGCAGCGAUGGCCUGACACUUGCCUCCCUCCUGCUGGACGCACACGUACUCCGGAAGCUGGCCCUGGGUGGGAGCCCUCCCAUGGUGAGCCCUCCCCAGGGUGCUGCUGCCUGGCAUGUUCUACAGAGGAAGUCCUGUUAGGGUCUGUCCACAGCCACCACGUCCCCACACUGACAGGCCCCUGCGGCUACAGACUGGCGUCUUUACAGUGUUCUCACCUGCGGUGGGCUGAUUUAUUUAUUGCCUUACCACUUUAUUUUGAGACUGCCCCUCCCCAGGUGAGAGGCCCCGAGACAGACGUGCUUGUCCACACACUACAUUUGGCAGCGGCUCCUCGGACCCCGUCCGUCUCCCCCGAAUGGAAAAGGACCCCAGGGUGGGCUGACCUUGCCCAUGUGAAGUGGAAGGUUGCAUCCGUGAGAGGGCUGACUUGGUGUGCAGCCUCGCCCCUGGCAGCCUCCUGGGCCCCCUCCAUGCCCCACAUUCCGUUCGGUUGCACUUGCCCUGUGUCAUGAAUGUUCCCUUGGGCCUGCGCCCGGCCCACCCUGCUGUGCCUCCGAGGAGGCCGGGACUGGCACUCUGAUUUCGUCUGUUUACAUGCCCUCGCACUGCCUCUGGCACUCGGUGUGUGUGGUGGCAUCCAGCCUGUGUACGGUGGUGUGCCCUGAAUGUGAGCCAAAUAAAGGUUUCCACCCACGUGGCCCAA